CCUUUGCUUGGUUCGGAAUGUGUUUCAGCGUACGGGGGAAGCGCAUCUGUAUAUUUGAUGGUAAUGACAAUUUAAUCCUGAUUUGCCACAAAUGACCAAAACACUCCAACGAGGACAGAUUGUUCUCAACUUUUAUCGGCAGCGACUCAAUCGCGCUCUUGCGAGGUUGCUGCGGCUUCAGUUGUCCGCCGUCACUGAGGCCUCGAAGUUCAAAAUCUUUCAAUGCGUUACCAUUCAUCUAAAAUGUUUGGGAAUACUUUUGAAGAUAUUCAGGAUACUCCAUAAGCAUUCACAGGACGUGAACAAGAUGUUUAAACUGACACAUUGCUCCAUCUUGUGAUCGGACUGGUGAUCUGUUUUUAUUACUUACUAAUAUCCUGAUCGUGUAAUCCUCAUUUACAUGUUCACAUGUAUUAAUGUACACAAGCAUUGUUGGAAUGCCGGUGGUGUGUAAAUAUUUUGUAAUUCUUCAAGGAAUUGUUAUUUUGUGCAAUUGCCUUGAUUGGAGUCAUUUUAAACAGUCAUCACCAAGCAUACAAUCGUCACACCAACUUCUUAAUUUCGGUUUGAGUACUACAACAUAAAGACGCUAAACACAACAAGAUCACUCAAACUUGGACCGGUAACCAGUAUGGGUUCUGACAGGCCCAAAACUCAAAAGACUUCACUUCGGACCCUACGCAAUGUUUAAAUUAACAUACAAAUGCAACUUUGUUGAAAUGGAGCCACACCAGUGCGAUUUCCCUUGUCAAUGUAACUUUUAUGACAUAAUCAAGUUCAAAACAUAAAAUGUCUUUUUUUAAAGACACGAUUUGUCUAUCGCUCUACCAUGAAAUUGGAAUUUAAGGUUCCGAUGUUUCGAAAGACGCGACUCUGACGCGGUUUCCUCGUUUGGGAUGGAAAUGCGGAACAAGUUUGACAAGACGGCGCCGAGCUCCCACUUAGCCGCCUCGGGCUAACUAGCAUUAGCUUCGGCUAGGGCCGAGGUGGCGGAAUUGUCCAUUUCGUGCAAAAUGCUCACGCAGCGGAUUUCGGCCUUGCAGAUGAGGCUGAUUUAGCUGCCCGGGUAGGCCAAGAACGACGAGGGACCCCUCCGAACCGGCGGACGAGUAACUUUGGGUCGAUUGCUCCGUGCGACGUGCUAGCGUGCUCCAAACACGGCUACGACCGCACCAUCGUCAUCCUCCAUUGAGCGGCCUGGCCGCGGGGGCUGAUGGGAAAUUAGUUGCGGAGCGCGGGCGCCGAGAUCUACUUUGGCUAGAACGCCGCAGGGGGCACGGACAAAGUAGACAAGCAAGAAAAAUGACCAUUUGGAGAGGCUGGCAUGGGAUCUCAUAAUAAUAAUAAUAAUAGCAAAACACCAAUCAAUAAUCUUUAAGCGUCAAAGCGCGAUUUGGAACCACAGUGGCAAAUGAGGAGCAUCAAACAACACUUUUAACCGCGUUAUGUUUGCCUCCCGUUGCUGAUUAUUACUGGUCACCAUAAUUAUGUGUCUGAUGACUUUCAAUUGCUCUGAUUUGCUUGAGGACUCUGCAUCAUUUGCACAAUUAGCGCUACACGUAUUUUUGAUGUGUCCAGUGUUGUCAGACCAGCCACAAAAACUUUCCCCGCGUCCUGCCCCAUUUUUCGAGCGAUGGCAGGACCAGUUUGAGGGGGUCCCCCGCCUCUCGCCAGUCCCCUGCACGCCGCGGAUCGUGCAAAAGAGCGAUGCGUGGACGCCACCGCGGUGGUCAUUUUGACGCCGUCCGAAGCAGCGCGUGGAUCUAGCGGCUGUACUUCUACGCUCAGAAGGAGCGCGCGUGCUCGGCGCAUGCGCACAUCCCAGACGACGAUUUGCACAAGGCUCCAGCAAGCAAGAUGGCGGGAGCCUCCGACCCGCUGGAGGACAUGCUCUCCAAUGAAGUGGACGAGAAGGCGGUGAGCGACUUAGUUGGGUCGCUGGAAUCGCAACUGGGGGAUUCCGAGGGCCCCCCCGCCGCCGCCGCCGCCGGGAAACGCGACGUAGCUCCGGCCGUCUCCGCGAGCCACUUCUCAGGAAAAGUGCGCGACCAAGAGCCGCCGCAACAAGGACACCCGGGGGCGGCUGUAAAGCUCCUAGCGCCGUCCGCCACCGGUCAGCUUCUACCACCACCACCACCAUCAUCUUGUUCUUCUUCUUCCUCCGGUGGUGACGGCGGCGGCGGCGGCGGGGGGGUGGCCAACCCGCAGACUUUUGCUUCGGUUCCUUCGAGUACCACCCCGGUCCCCGCGCAGCCCGGAGUCCAAACCUUGAGCGGACAGACAACCGCCAGCUACCAGCGGGUUGUCCAAGCCCAACCCGGCGGAAGGACGCCGUCCCCCGGCUCGCAAAGUUUCAACGGCGCCGCGGGGGCCGUCAGGUUGCUCAACUCUGCCGGCGCAACCCCGCCGGCGACGACGAGCGGCGCUCUCGUGGUCAUGGCCGCCCCCGCCAACUUCCACCAAGAAGCCGAGCCCGCGGCUCCCGCACCCCCCGCCGCCCUCCAGCAGAGACUCCCCAGCGCCGUCGUCAAUGCCGCUCAUAACGGCCUGGAGCCCAAAGCGGGGCCGCCGGGGCCCCCGGUGCCCUCGGUGCCCUCGGGGACUCCCUCGCCCUCUCAGGCGGGGAACCCCAGCAAGAUGCCGAUGGCGGCUCAGCCUGCUUCCGCGAACCCGGUCAUCCUGACGGGCGCCCCGCCGUCCCUCGGCCCCCCCGGGAUCAAGCCGGCCGUGAAUGGCCUGGGCCAGGCGCGAGCGGCCGUGGCCGUCCCGGCGCAGAGAGCCGGGCCGGCGGUCGAGACCGUCCGGCCGGUGGCCCCCCAGCCCCCGUUGGCCGUCCGGCCUCAGCAGCAGGCCACCAUCCAGCUGCCCCCCGGCUUCACCAUGCCCGCAGGUAUGGUUCUGGUCCGCGUCGAGACGGGUCACCUGGUCAUGGUGCCGCAGCAGGUUUUAGCCCAAGCGCAGGCCAAGACGCAGCAGAGUCCGGGCACAACCGCCGUCCCUCAGAGACCCACCGCGCCCGCCGCCAUCCGGGUGGGUGCCGCCGCUGCGGCUCCUGUCACACCUCAGACCAUCCGCCUGGCGACGCCCCCUCAAGCCAAACCGCUGCAGUCUCCGUCGUCGUCUUCCUGCUCGUCGCCGUCCACGUCCUCCUCGGUCCAGGCCAUCACGGUGACUUCUGGCGCCCCCUUCUCGGCGAAGACGCCCCUUCCCCUGAAGCCGCAGACGGCCGCGACGACGGUCGCCGUCAGUCCGGCCGCGCCGCCCGCGAGCGGUGCCGCGCCGGCCGGCGCCCGAGCGCCGGCGGUGUCGCAGGAAAUGCAGGAAAACGUGAAGAAGUGCAAAAACUUCCUGGCCACACUCAUCAAGCUGGUGUCCAACAACUCGCCCUCGCCUGACACGUCCAAGAAUGUCAAAGCGCUCGUCCAGGACCUCAUCGAUGCAAAGAUCGAGCCUGAGGAGUUCACAAGUCGUCUGCAGGCGGAACUGAAUUCAUCUCCGCAGCCCUACCUCAUCCCCUUCCUCAAGAAAAGUCUUCCCACCUUGCGUCAGUCGUUACUCAGCAGCCAGCAGUCUCUGACCCCGCCCCCCACCUGCGCCCCGCCCGUGGCCGCCACCGCCGCCGUCCGGCCGCGCUUACCCGUGGGAAUCCCCGGCGUCCGGAUGAACGCUCCGCUCGCCACUGCAACCUUGGCGGCUGGGCGAGGCUGCGUGCAGACUCUUCGCGCUCCCCUAGUGGUGGGCGUGAGAACUCCAGGCACGCUGAUGCGAGGACCCGCCGCCCCCGUCGCUAAGAGCGUCGUCACCUUGGUGCCGCCGGCCAAUCAAAAGAAGCUGGGAGACCCGGGUGGGGGGACUUUCAGAGACGACGACGACAUCAACGACGUGGCGUCCAUGGCGGGCGUCAACCUGAGCGAGGAGAACGCCCGCAUCCUGGCCACCAGCUCAGGGUUGGUGGGCACCAAGAUCCGCUCGUGUAAGGACGAGGCCUUCCUGCCCGCCGGGCUCUUGCACCGGCGUCUCGUGGACACGGCUCGACGGCUCGGCGUGAGCGAGGUUCCGCUGGAAGUGGUCAACCUGGUGUCGCACGCCACGCAGUCGCGCCUGCGCUCGCUCCUGGAGAAAGUGUCUGCGCUCGCUCAGCACCGUUCGGACGCCAUCAAGGACGAAGAGCAUCACGAGCAGACGAGCGACGUUCGCUCGCAGCUUCGCUUUUUCGAGCAACUGGAGCGUCUGGAGAAGCAGAGGAAGGACGAGCAAGAGAGGGAGAUCCUGCUCAAGGCCGCCAAGAGCCGAGCCAGACAGGAAGAUCCCGAGCAGGCUCGUCUGAAGCAGAAGGCCAAAGAGAUGCAGCAGCAGGAGUUGGCGCAAAUGCGUCAACGCGACGCCAACCUCACGGCGCUCGCCGCCAUCGGGCCCAGGAAGAAACGCAAGAUGGACUCGCCAGGCGGCGCCGCGGCUUGCACCGAGGUGUCGUCGGGGGCGUCGGCGUCGGGCACGGCGUCCUCGCGCCAGCCUUGGCGCCAGCGCAUCAUCAGAGUCAACCUCAGGGACUUGAUCGUGUGUCUGGAGCAGGACGGCAGCACGGCGCGAUCGCUGACGCUCUACAAGGCGCUGCUCAAGUUUGAGGCCACUACCAAUAUUUGAGUGUGCUUCUGGUGCCCAUUCGUGCCCGAGUUAAUGGAAAUUUCAAAAUGGUUUCAGCAAAGCUCCUGAAGCUCACGGUCACAGUUAAGCGCAAGGCUGCGGGGCUUGCCCGGCAAAAGUGUCGACACCCCCACCCCCCCUCCCCCCCGGCCCAACCUCUGUCAGGUUAUUCUCCCUUCGAUGCGCUGGUGUCUUUAGAAAAGACCUGCGAACUCCCCCUUUAACUUGAAACCG